AUGGCACAGACAAUGCAGGCAGUUGUGUUCCACGGCAAGGGCGACCUCAGACUUGAGGAAGUCAAGGUCCCAAAGCCUGGUGCCAAGGAAGUUCAGCUUAAACCAGCCUUCGUUGGAAUAUGCGGGACAGAUCUUCAUGAAUAUGUUGAGGGUGCUUAUCUGAUCCCGACAGCACCCCACCCUGUGACUGGCAAAAAGGCUCCAGUCAUUAUUGGCCAUGAGUAUAGUGGUGUUGUUUCGGAUGUCGGUGAAGAGGUUGAUGACCUCAAACCAGGCGAUAGAAUAGUUGUACAGCCUAUCAUUUUUGAUGGAACAUGCAGCUCUUGUCAGAGGGGUCUGAUCAAUUGUUGCUCGAACUCUGGAUUUAUCGGCUUGAGUGGAAUUGGAGGGGGCUUGGCCGAGUACACAACUGUACCACGGUAUGCGGUCUUCAAGAUUCCUGAUAACAUAUCCCUGGAGGUUGCAGCUCUGGUGGAACCAUUGGCAGUGGCCUGGAACGCUGUGCAGCUGAGCGACUUUCAACCUGGUGAUACAGCUCUCGUUCUCGGUGCUGGCCCAAUUGGCUUAGCUAUUCUUCAAGUUCUCAAGAGCAAAGGGGCAAGCCAGAUAAUCGUUUCCGAGACUGCAGACAAACGACGAGACUUCGCAACCAAAUUUGGGGCUACCACCGUCCUAGACCCUACAAAGACAAACGUGGGCGAGCAGUGCAAGGAGCUUUGCGCAGGAGGAGGCGUUCAAGUCGUCUUCGACUGUGCCGGCGUCCAGAGUACUCUUGAAACUGCACUUGCGGCGUCCAGACCCCGAUCCGUCAUUGUGAAUGUAGCCCUCUGGGCUACUGAGGCAACAAUCUCACCAAACUAUUUCAUGUUGAACGAGAGAACUUACAAAGGUUCAGCAACGUAUACGGCAUCAGUAUUCCAAGAUGUUAUUGAUGCUCUUGGUCGUGGUGAGCUAAAUCCGGAGCCAAUGAUUACUAGUCUUAUUGAGAUGGAUCAAAUUGAAGAAAAGGGUUUCAAAGCGUUGAUCAACUUCAAAGACACUCAAGUCAAGAUAUUGGUUCGGGUCUAG